AUGUCUGCUACGGCUGAUGCAAACCAGCUAUCAGAUUACUUGUUUGGCUGUGAUGUGUUUCAUUUGUCAGGGAGAAGCUUCCCAGUUGAUGUGAAGUAUGUCCCUUGUGGUGACAGUGAGGCCAGCACAUCUAUUGCCCCUUAUCUGCAGGAGGUUGUCAAGACCUGUGAGGAGAUUCAUAGAUCUGAGAAAGAAGGUACCAUUCUAGCCUUGUUGACUUCUCAAGAGGAAGUAGAAUGCGCUUUCGAGGAUCAGUUUCGUGUUUUCGAGGACUUCCCUUCCAGGGAAAAGAAAGGUUAUUUUUGCAGGAUCAGCCAAAGUGGAAGAAGUGCACCUGGGGUAUGCUAUAGACUGUACACUGAAUAUGAUUAUAAAUCGAUGCCUCUUAAUCAGGAGCCUGAGAUUCAUCGAGUGCAUCUUGGUAUUGCAGUUCUGAGGAUCCUUGCUCUAGGAAUCAAGAACAUUAGUGAAUUUGACUUUAUCGAUGCACCCAGUUCUGAAGCAAUUGAAAUGGGCAUUAGGAGGAACCUUGUCCUGCUAGGUAAGGAGGGCCUUGUUCUGGCCAAUGCUAGAAGCAUAUUCUGUAGAGUUGGUAGUAGAGAUGAUAAGAAUAAAGCUGAUUGUUUUAAAGUGCAGUUCUGCCAUCACAGUGCUGACCUCUUCACUCUGCUAUCUGUUUUCAAGGAAUGGGAGGCUUUGCCUCCAGACCAGAGAUAUAAAUGGUGCUGGGGCAACAGCAUAAAUGCCUAA